AUGUACAAAUUGAUCACAUCACAAUCAAUGUCAGCUUUAGAUGGAAAAACAAAUCAAACUGAACAGCCGUACAAAGGCGUGGGAGGCAAACCACCAUCAAGUGCUGCGUCCACAAGCUGCUGGUUCUACAAAGAACUGGACGCGAUACUCGGUGGCGAUCCCACCUCCACUGUGAAGGCCACUGUGGAUACUUUGGUGGCUUGUGUGCCAGUUGAGAGUGGACAGAGCCAGGAGGAGGAAAUCUUGGAUGAGGAUGUGGAGGGGGAGGGGGAUCCAGAGGCAGAGGAUGACUUGGAGGUCAGAGAUGCAUGCAGCCAGGAGCUCUUCUAUGCCCCGGAGGAGACUAGCCACACACAGCUGUCAGAGCUUGGUGAAGCACAAACAGGAGAGGAGGCCCCUGAUAUGACCUUUGGAGCCCAGCCUCCCUCUUUGUUAUCGCUGGCUGAAUAUCUGGGCCAGUUCUUCCAUCCUUUGUUGGAUGCACAAGGUCCCAAAAGCAGCAGCGCCAUCAUGGUUCCACUAGCUGAAGGCUGCCAAACCACUGAGAUUUCAUUGGAAAGUGAAAAGAAAGAAAGGUCUACUGCAAAGAUCUCACAGAUUGAAAUGCUAGGCCUCCAUAACUUCUGCCUGGGAGAUAUACAACUACCCUGGACAGGAGAAUGA